AUGGAGGCAGAUGGGGCUGGCGAGCAGAUGAGACCGCUACUCACCCGGGGUCCUGAUGAAGAAGCUGUUGUGGAUCUUGGCAAAACCAGCUCAACUGUGAACACCAAGUUUGAAAAAGAAGAACUAGAAAGUCACCGAGCUGUAUAUAUUGGUGUUCACGUCCCAUUUAGUAAAGAGAGUCGUCGACGUCAUAAGCAUCGUGGACACAAGCAUCACCAUCGGAGAAGAAAAGAUAAAGAGUCAGAUAAAGAAGAUGGACGGGAAUCUCCUUCUUAUGACACACCGUCCCAGAGGGUUCAGUUCAUUCUUGGGACAGAGGAUGAUGAUGAGGAGCACAUUCCGCAUGACCUCUUCACGGAGAUGGACGAGCUGUAUUACAGAGAUGGUGAAGAGUACGAGUGGAAAGAAACUGCCAGAUGGCUGAAAUUUGAAGAGGAUGUUGAAGAUGGUGGUGACCGGUGGAGUAAACCCUAUGUGGCAACUCUCUCUUUGCACAGUCUUUUUGAACUAAGAAGUUGCAUCCUAAAUGGAACAGUCAUGCUGGAUAUGCGAGCAGGCACUCUAGAUGAAAUAGCAGAUUUGGUAUUGGACAACAUGAUAGCCUCUGGCCAGUUGGAUGAAUCCAUUAGAGAGAAUGUCAGAGAAGCUCUUCUGAAGAGACAUCAUCAUCAGAAUGAGAAAAGAUUCACCAGUCGGAUUCCCCUUGUGCGAUCUUUUGCAGAUAUAGGCAAGAAACAUUCUGAUCCUCACUUGCUUGAAAGGAAUGGGGAAGGCCUUUCAGCCUCCCGCCACUCUUUGCGAACAGGCCUGUCAGCCUCAAACCUUUCCCUGAGAGGAGAAUCACCUUUAUCUCUUCUUCUCAGUCAUCUUCUCCCUUCUUCAAGAGCUGGAACCCCUGCAGGCUCGAGGUGUACAACCCCAGUGCCCACCCCUCCAAACAGCCCUCCUUCUAGCCCUAGCAUCAGUCGCCUGACCUCCAGAAGUUCCCAACAGAGUCAGCUGCAGGUCCCAGAACUACUGGUUUCUCCUGCCAGUGAUGAUAUUCCCACAGUAGUAAUUCAUCCGCCAGAGGAAGACUUAGAAGCAUCGAAAGGCCAGGAGCAGAAGAAUGAGGAAAAUGUUGACAUAACUCCAGGUAUUUUGGCCUCUCCACAGUCUGCACCUGGAAACUUGGACACUAGUAAAAGUGCAGAGAUGAAAGGUAAUGGAGGUGGAGGAAGCAGAGAAAAUAGUACUGUUGACUUCAGCAAGGUUGAUAUGAAUUUCAUGAGGAAAAUUCCUUCGGGAGCCGAGGCAUCCAAUGUCCUGGUGGGAGAAGUAGACUUUUUGGAAAGACCGAUAAUCGCGUUUGUGAGACUGUCUCCUGCCGUUCUCCUCUCAGGGCUGACCGAAGUCCCUGUUCCGACCAGGUUUUUGUUUUUGUUACUGGGUCCAGCAGGCAAGGCACCACAGUACCAUGAAAUUGGAAGAUCAAUAGCCACUCUCAUGACGGAUGAGAUUUUUCAUGAUGUAGCUUAUAAAGCAAAAGACAGAAAUGACCUCUUAUCUGGAAUUGAUGAAUUUUUAGAUCAAGUAACUGUCCUACCUCCAGGAGAGUGGGAUCCUUCUAUACGCAUAGAGCCACCAAAAAGUGUUCCUUCUCAGGAAAAGAGAAAGAUUCCUGUAUUUCCCAAUGGAUCUGCCCCCAGCUCGGGUGAGACUCAUAAAGAGGCUGCUGAUCAUGCUGGGCCUGAGCUACAGAGGACUGGAAGGCUUUUUGGUGGUUUGAUACUUGACAUCAAAAGGAAAGCACCUUUUUUCUUGAGUGACUUCAAGGAUGCAUUAAGUCUGCAGUGCCUGGCCUCGAUUCUUUUCCUAUACUGUGCCUGUAUGUCUCCUGUAAUCACUUUUGGAGGGCUGCUUGGAGAAGCUACAGAAGGCAGAAUAAGUGCAAUAGAGUCUCUUUUUGGAGCAUCAUUAACUGGGAUUGCCUAUUCGUUGUUUGCUGGGCAACCUCUAACAAUAUUGGGGAGUACAGGUCCAGUUUUAGUGUUUGAAAAAAUUUUAUUUAAAUUCUGCAGAGAUUACCAGCUUUCCUAUUUGUCUUUAAGAACCAGUAUUGGUCUAUGGACUUCUUUCUUGUGCAUUGUUUUGGUUGCCACAGAUGCAAGCAGCCUUGUGUGUUAUAUUACUCGGUUUACAGAGGAGGCUUUUGCAGCUCUCAUUUGCAUCAUAUUCAUCUACGAGGCUUUGGAGAAGCUCUUUCAUUUAGGAGAAAUAUAUGAAUUUAAUAUGCACAACAAUUUAGAUGAACUGACCAGUUACUCAUGUGUAUGUAUUGAACCUCCUAACCCUAGCAACGAAACUCUGAAGGUGUGGACGGAAAAUAAUAUAACAGCACAUGAUAUUUCCUGGGGGAAUCUCACUGUUUCUGAAUGUAAAACCUUUCACGGUGUAUUUGUAGGAUCAGCUUGUGGUCAUCAUGGGCCUUAUAUUCCAGAUGUGCUCUUUUGGUGUGUUAUCUUGUUUUUCACAACAUUUUUUUUGUCCUCAUUCCUCAAGCAAUUCAAGACCAAGCGCUACUUUCCUACUAAGGUGCGAUCGACAAUCAGUGACUUUGCUAUAUUUCUCACAAUAGUAAUAAUGGUCCUAAUUGACUACCUUGUAGGAGUUCCUUCUCCUAAACUUCACGUUCCUGAAAAAUUCGAGCCUACUGAUCCAAAUAGGGGCUGGAUUAUAGACCCAUUGGGAGAAAAUCCUUGGUGGACCUUAUUAAUAGCCGCUGUUCCGGCUCUGCUUUGCACCAUUCUCAUCUUUAUGGAUCAACAAAUUACAGCUGUAAUCAUAAACAGAAAGGAGCACAAAUUGAAGAAAGGAGCUGGCUAUCACCUUGACUUGUUCGUGGUUGGAGUUAUGUUGGGAGUGUGUUCUGUCAUGGGACUUCCAUGGUUUGUGGCUGCAACAGUGUUGUCGAUAAGUCAUGUCAACAGCUUAAAACUUGAAUCUGAAUGUUCUGCUCCAGGGGAACAACCCAAGUUUUUGGGAAUUCGCGAACAGCGGGUCACAGGACUGGUGAUUUUUAUUCUAAUGGGCUUGUCCGUGUUUAUGACAUCAGUACUAAAGUUUAUUCCAAUGCCUGUGCUCUAUGGUGUUUUCCUUUACAUGGGAGUUUCCUCAUUAAAAGGAAUUCAGUUUUUCGACCGUAUAAAAUUAUUUGGCAUGCCUGCUAAGCAUCAGCCUGACCUGAUAUACCUCCGCUAUGUGCCUCUCUGGAAGGUCCACAUUUUCACAGUCAUUCAGCUUACCUGUCUGGUUCUUUUGUGGGUGAUCAAAGCUUCGGCUGCUGCAGUAGUUUUUCCCAUGAUGGUUCUUGCAUUAGUCUUUGUACGUAAGCUCAUGGAUCUUUGUUUCACGAAGAGAGAACUUAGUUGGCUUGAUGAUCUCAUGCCAGAAAGUAAGAAAAAGAAGGAAGAUGACAAAAAGAAAAAAGAAAAAGAGGAGGCUGAACGUAUGCUUCAAGCUGACGACGACACUGUGCACCUUCCGUUUGAAGGGGGAAGUCUCUUGCAGAUUCCGGUUAAGGCCCUAAAAUACAGCCCCGAAAAACCUACCAGUGUGAAAAUAAAUAUUGAAGAUGAACCAACAAAGAAAUACAUGGAUGCUGAAACUUCACUAUAG